GCAGGUUAUUAUUACUGAGGGAUUCGUGGAGCCAUGGCCACGGCAGCCUCCAACCUCUACAUGCCGAGCAGUAGUAUCCUCACAUCCAACUCCAUCGUCCCCACCGACUCAUCGAGCAUGCAGCAGGCGGGCACAUUCCGGGGCCACCAGAAACUCAUCCAAAGUGACUAUCUGCAAGGACUGCCCAGCAACGGGCACCCCCUCUCUCACCAGUGGGUGACGGCUUUACCUGAAGGCAGCCCGUGGUCCGCGGCCAUUUCUCCAAGUCCCCUGAGCCAGCAAGACGUGAAGCCUGGCAGGGAAGAUCUUCACGCUGGCACCAGCCUGCACCACCGCUCUCCACACAUUGCCCAUCACUCACCGCAUACCAACCACCCGAGCGCAUGGGGCACGGCUGCGGCUCACAACUCGUCCAUAACCUCGGUCGGGCAGCCUCUCAGUAUCUACUCCCAACCCGCCUUCACAGUCAACGGCAUGUUAGACCACGUUGGGCCGCCGCCGCCGUCUGGAACCGUUGGCCAGUCGAUGCACCCGGGUCUGAGGGACAGCGCCGAGCACGGGGAACUGGCACACCACCACUGCCACGACCACUCAGACGAGGAAACCCCCACAUCUGAUGAGCUGGAACAAUUCGCAAAGCAGUUCAAACAGAGGCGGAUUAAACUGGGCUUCACCCAGGCAGAUGUGGGACUGGCACUGGGAACCUUGUACGGAAACGUCUUCUCACAGACAACCAUCUGCAGGUUCGAAGCCCUGCAGCUCAGUUUUAAGAACAUGUGCAAACUCAAGCCCCUGUUGAACAAGUGGCUGGAGGAAGCAGACUCUACCACGGGCAGUCCCACCAGCAUCGACAAGAUAGCGGCUCAGGGCAGGAAACGAAAGAAGCGGACUUCCAUAGAGGUGAGUGUGAAAGGUGCGCUAGAGACCCAUUUCCUCAAAUGUCCCAAACCUGCGGCCCAAGAAAUUUCAAGUCUAGCCGACAGUUUGCAGUUAGAAAAAGAAGUUGUUCGGGUCUGGUUUUGUAACAGAAGACAGAAAGAAAAAAGAAUGACCCCGCCUGGGGUACAUCAACAGGACGAAGUAUUUUCGCAUAGUGUUGAUUCAGAGACGCCGUCACAUCACGAUCUUUAACAAGGACCCAUGACAGUGGUCACUGCCGGCACUCGCCUGAUCCCGGACUGAGAAAGCGAUGGGAAACUCCUUCCCCCCCACCCCCCUCUUCUUCCUAAAUUAUAUAUUUGACUAUCCUAUUGAGGGAGGAGGCAGGAGAAAAGUUAUAUAUCAGAGAAAAAGAAGUCAGCAAGCAGGCAGUAUUGGUAAAACGUGUUCAGUUAGCAGUCGCGUUGACAUUUUCCGCAUCUGUGGUGAAGAGAGCGAAAUCAAGGACAUGGUUUUACCGCAAGUGUGGUCAAUUGUUUCGUUCAGACAAGGAUUGCAGUCCGACUGUGUGCCUAACACCUAACAGCGCCUUGUUAUCUCGACUAUAUCAGGUGAAUUUGUUCUUACGGACGGUGUCACUCUUUUCUCCCUCCCCCGCAACGUUUGUUUUAAUACCUGGUUACGAGCAGGAAGGUCUGAUGCCAGAGCCUGCCCUAUUACAGUACCCCAUCCUGAAAUGACCCACGGGAAACAAGGACAGUCAAGUUGACCAGGAAUCUGCAUUAAGAUAAAAAUAAGAUAAAACCUGAAUAUUUCGAGGUUUAUUUCUAAAUUAUCCAUUCCAAAUAAAUAAGACUUGCCCGAAGUUUUGUUUAAAAUAAUUUUCUUUUUACUCUUUCUCUGUGGAGUCCCAGUUAAACAAAACACUAACAUUGCCGUCUGGAAAAGAAAACUAUGUAAACGGACAGGCAUUUUUCAUAAUUAUCAUUGUCUUACAUUACCGGCCACCGGAUCUGCCAAUGGGAGUUUUAAAGCAAGUUCUCUAAAAGUUGCCAUUUUUAGAAAGGGGAAGGUGAGGGGAAAAACUCUUUUUAAAUUUAAAAGAAAAUGACGGAUCAGUUACUGAUCCGAAAUAUAAAAUAUUUUCUUUAAAUGUUUCUUUUUUCAACAAUUAUAUUUGGAGGCUGCGAACAGUAAUUUAUUUUCCUCAAAUUUUGUAUUAUGUUUUUAAAAGACAGAAUCACACGUUAAAAAGCAGUAAAAUGUUUGUUGGUUAAUAAAUUAUAUAUUUGAUGUCAGAUUUGAUUGUAACCCGAUCUAAGUUUGUGAUUUGGUGACGACAAUUUCAUUUUGGUGUACAGAAAAUCAAAUCUGU